GACCAUGAACUUCUGAAGUUGCUGCUGCUGCUCCUCUCUCUCUGAAAGAAGAUUGAGCUUCACCCCAGACUGCAACUUCCUUCCUCUCUCCAACAUCUACUAUCUGAAGACAAAAGUUUCAAAGUCAACAGAUAAAGGGCUUAUGUCUAAAAUGUUAAUUCUCCUGCUUCUCUGAUGCUGCUUGCCGUGCUGCACUUUUCCAGCGACGCAUUUUUUGACUCUGACUCUCCAGUGUCUCCAGUCCUCACUUUCACAUCAAUGUCCAACAGUCACUCAAUCCAUCAGGACCGCAACAAUUUUCAACUAUGAUUCUGUGAGAAGGAGCAAAGCUUUCUUUUUGGUUCCUAUUUGAGUAGGGGGGACUGGUUGAAAGACCCUACUGUUGCAGCGCACUGUGUGUGGAGCCUGAAACAACUCUACUGCGUGGAAAGAGGAAUUCACUGCGGGGUUGUAUACGUGUGUGUGUGUGUAUGUGUGCAGCUGAAGCUUCAGCCAUGGAGAAGCCCGAGGAAACACGCCCCGUUGAGAAACCAUGGAAGUGUGGUGACUGCGGGAAGGGCUUCCGUGUCCCACCUGUCCUAGCGACUCAUCAGUGCAAUCACACUGGGAAGAGGCCGUUCUCCUGUCCCGAGCAGGCGAAGGGCUUUACUUGCUCCUGUGUCCUGCUGGCCCACCAGCAUAUACAGACUGGUGAGAGGACGUUUUACUGCUCCAUGUGCGGGAAAGGGUUCACUUCGAUGGACAACCUCCAGACCCAUCAGCGAUUCCACACAGGGGAGAGGCUCUUCAGUUGCCAUGAGUGCGGGAAAGCCUUCAACAAUUCCUCCGACCUGCUGAAGCACCGGCGAGUCCACACAGGGGAGAGGCCAUUCAGCUGCCCCGAAUGCGGGAAGGCCUUCAGUGACUCCUCCAACCUGCUGAGGCACCGGCGGGUCCACACGGGGGAGAGGCCAUUCAGCUGCCCAGAGUGUGGGAAGGCCUUCAGCAAUUCCUCCAACCUGCUGGCCCAUCAGCAGGUCCACACGGGGGAGAGGCCCUUCAGCUGCCCAGAGUGCGGGAAGGCCUUCAGUAAAUCCUCCAACCUGCUGACCCACCAGCGGGUUCACACGGGUGAGAGGCCCUUCAGCUGUCCAGAGUGUGGGAAGGCCUUCAGCAAUUCCUCCGACCUGCUGAGACAUCGGCGAAUCCACAUGGGGGAGAGGCCUUUCGCCUGCCCAGAGUGUGGUAAGGCCUUCAGCAAUUCCUCUGACCUGUUGUCCCACCGGCGGGUCCACACCAGGGAAAGGCCAUUCAGUUGCCCCGAGUGCGGGAAGGGGUUCACCCGCUCCUCCAAACUGCUGGCCCACCAAUGGGUCCACACCGGGGAGAGGCCGUUUGCCUGCCCCGACUGCGGGCGGAGGUUCACAUUGUCCUGCAACUUGCGGAGGCACCACCGUGUCCACACUGGGGAGCGGCCCUUCACCUGCUCCGUUUGCGGCAAGGGCUUCACCCAGUCGUCCCACCUACUGACCCACCAGCGGGUCCACACCGGGGAGAGGCCCUUCACCUGCUCCGUCUGCGGCAAGGUCUUCUCUGACUCGUCCCACCUGCUGUCCCACCAGCGUGUCCACACCGGAGAGCGGCCCUUCACCUGUUCCGUCUGUGGCAAGGGCUUCACCAAGUCGUCCAACCUGUUCUCGCACCAAUGGGUCCACACCGAGGAGAGGCCGUUCAGCUGCUCCGUCUGCGGCAAGGGCUUCUCUCACUCGUCCCACCUGCUGACCCACCAGCGGCUCCACACCGGGGAGAGGCCGUUCACCUGCUCGGUGUGCGGCAAGGGCUUCUCUCACUCGUCCCACCUGCUCAAGCACUGGCGGGUCCACACCGGGGAGCGGCCCUUCACCUGCUCCGACUGCGGCAAGGGCUUCUCUCACUCGUCCCACCUGCUCAAGCACUGGCUAGUCCACACCGGGGAGCGGCCCUUCACCUGCUCCGUCUGCGGCAAGGGCUUCACCCAGUCGUCCCACCUGCUGCGGCACCAGCAGGUCCACACCGGCGAGGGGGUCUUCACCUGCUUCGUCUGCGGCAAGGGCUUCACCCAGUCGUCCACCCUGCUGGUCCACCAGCAGGUCCACACCGGGGAGCGGCCCUUCACCUGCUCGUUGUGCGGCAAGGGCUUCACUCGCUCGUCCAACCUGCUGCGGCACCAGCAGGUCCACACCGGCGAGGGGGCCUUCACCUGCCUGGUCUGCGGCAAGGGCUUCCCCCACUCGUCCGGCCUCCAGAUCCACCAGCGGGUCCACACGGGGGAACAUCCUUCCGAUAGACCAGAAGUGCACAUAAUACAGAGGAACUUCGAUUAUCCAGAAUUAGAUGAACCAGCACGGUGGCUCAGUGGUUAGCGCUGCUACCUCACAGUACCAGGGACCCGGGUUUCAUUCCUGCCUCAAGCGACAGACUGUGUGGAGUUUGCACAUUCUCCCCGCGUCUGCGUGGGUUUCCUCCUAGUGCUCCGGUUCCGUCCCACAGUCCAAAGAUGUGCAGGUCAGGGUGAAUUGGCCAUGCUAAAUUGCCCGUCGUGUUAGGUACAUUAGUCAGAGGGAAAUGGGUCUGGGUGGGUUACUCUUUGGAGGGUCAGUGUGGACUGGUUGGGCCUGUUUCCACACUGUAAGGGAUCUAAUCGUCAAGCGACUGAAAUACACCCUGCAUGUGUCCUUUGGAUAAUCGAGGUUCCUGUGUAUUCCAAAAGUGGCCUAACCAACGUCCUGUCCAGACCCCAACCCCUAUACUCAGUGCUCUGACCAAUAAAGUGAUCUGCAGAAUCUGCGGGACUUGCUUAAUCCUGGAAGGUAAAUCACGUGUUUCUCCUUCUCUUGCAGGUGGAUCCAAGAUUUCACUCUCUGUCCCAUUGAGUCUCCAGUCAGGUCCUUCAGCUCAACUGGUCUCUCUCAGUAUUUCUGACCCAUGUGAGCCUCUACGCACCUCCCCUUCACUCGCUCACAUUUGAUUUCCCUUACAGCAACAUUCCCUUCAGUUCCUUUCUCCCUGACGUCUGUAUCCAGCUUCUCCUUAAAUGCCGUCCACCUCGACCUGCUACUGUGGGGGUCAUUCCCGCUGCAGACAGAGGUCUCUCCUUUGUAACCUCUUCAAAAGAUUUACCGCUGACUUCCCCCUUCAGUCUUUUCCAUUUCUGGGUCUCCCCGCUGUUGCGAAACUUGGAAUGGUUCAGAAAAGAUUUACAAGGAUGUUGCCAGGGUUGGAGGAUCUGAGCUACAGGGAGAGGCUGAACAGGCUGGGGCUGUUUUCCCGGGAGCGUCGGAGGCUGAGGGAUGACCUUAUAGAGGUUUACAAAAUUAUGACCGGCAUGGAUAGGAUAAAUAGGCAAAGUCUUUUCCCUGGGGUUGGGGAAUCCAGAACUAGAGGGCAUAGGUUUAGGGUGAGAGGGGACGAUAUAAAAGAGACCUACAGGGCAACGUUUUCAUACAGAAGGUGGUGUGUGUACGGAAUGAGCUGCCAGAGGAUGUGGUGGAGGCUGGUACAAUUGCAACAUUCAAGAGGCAUUUGGAUGGGUAUAUGAAUAGGAAGGGUUUGGAGGGAUAUGGGCCGGGUGCUGGCAGGUGGGACUAGUUUGGGUUGGGAUAUUUGGUUGGUACGGACGGGUUAGACCGAAGGGUCUGUUUCCGUGCUGUACAUCUCUUGACAAAGCCUUGUCUGAGGGUGAAAUGUUGUCAUUCCCGUUGAUGUGGGUGGUCCCCUGUCUGUUGUCCUUUUUGUUUCCUUUCUCGGAAAGGACGUCGCGGACAUGGGCAGCGUUCCCGAGCCCCGCUCCGGAACGGGCUGUUCCGUCCUCUUCCAGCCCCCGGGGGGGGGGGGCAGCUUGAGUGUAUUGGGAGAGUGGGCCGUUCACCGGGAAGGUGCCAAUGGGACGGGAGAGCGGUACCGGUAAUGGGGCGAGGGGGAGAUGCCUCAGACCACCAGAAACACUGGGGCAGCUGCUCGCAUGCUCCUUUUGGAUCUCACAGCACAGGGAGGCCUUUCAUCUGAUUACCUCCCCAUCUCUGUCUCUGUCUCUCUGGCUCUGUCUCUGGCUCUCUGUCUCUCUGUGUCUCUCUCUCUGCAUCUGCCUCUGCGUCUGUCUGUCUCUCUGAGGUGACAGCGGAUUCCAGCGUAUUGCUGCUUGCUGGGUAAACCUGUUUUUCCUGUGUUUUCCCCCUCUCUCUCUCCUGCUCAAACCCCUGAACUUCAGGCCGCCCCUGACCUUGUCAUUAUCAGUGAAUGGGGAACAGCUUUUCUUCCUCCACCUUAUCUGAACCUGUCACAAUCUUCCCCACUUUCACCAGUUGUAUCUGUGUGUGACCCUCUCUUUCUGUGUCUCUUUCUCUCCUAAGCCCCCUCCCUCACCACAUCCCAUUUACCCACCCCCUCCUGUCAUGCUCCCACUUUCAAACGGUCUCGUUGUGUUUUCACUGCCUCUUCCCCAUCAUUUCCGUCAAGCACCUCAUCUCACGCUUAGAACCCCUGCAGUGUAGGAGUAGGCCCUUCAGCCCAUCCAACGCACACCUCACCCAGACCUCUGCCUGUAACCCUGCAAUUCCCAUUGGCUAACCCACCUAGCCUACACAUCCCUGGGCACUAUGGGUAAUUUAGCCUGACCAAUCCACCCAAACCUGCACAUCCCUGGAUACUAUAGGACAAUUUAGCCUGGCCAAUCCUACACCAUGGGUGGAUUGGCCAUGCUAAAUUACCCAAUCCUACAUAUCCCUGGGUACUGUUAGGAUAAAAUAGGUCAAGGGAGGGUGGAGCUAUAGCUGCUGUUUGGGGAAUCGAAACUGUAGCUGUAGCUGCUGCUUGGGAAAUUGAAACUGUUGCUUACGUGGCCAGCUCAGCUGCCAACGCCCAAAUGAGCUCAAUAACAGGAAACGCCUAGCAAACGCGAAAUGUCCUAAUAAGGCAAUGCUUAGUAGCUCCGCGAAGCUCUGCUUAGCAAAGAGUAUAUCAGGAGCAGAUUUGGGAGGGGAAGGCAGAACGCGCCUUCUCCAGUGAAUGCAUGGUGAUUCACUGUAUCAGCUACGAUUCUGCAAUAAAGCCUGUUUGUGCCAAACAAUUGAGCGUCUGUUGUCUCUCCUCCUAAAACGAAC